AUGACGUCAUGGCAUCACGAAUGUGACCCAGAUUUCCUCGUCCUUCGUCCCAGAGCAAACAGUUCAACAGGCAUCGAUCCAGACGCCAUAUCCGACGAUGGAUCAGACGACAACGACGACCGGGAGGACGACCAAGGGAUAUGGCAGCAACGUUCCCCAUCACCUUCAUCAUCCGUCUCCCAUCUCGCAGCCAGCUUCGUUCAAAGGAUUGGCACAUUCGUGGGGGGCAUAGCACCACGAUCACCUAUGCUAAGCGACGCAGAGCUAGAAGCUGAAGUGGAGAGGGAACGCGACCGUAGUCGCAGAGAAGCGGAAGCUAUACUCACACGGGAGGCUCAGCAGAGGAGACUCGUUGAAGACCGUGUGCUGUCUAUGAUGGAGAGCACAAAGUCGCUCCCUCCACCGCCCUCCAGGUCUCAGACUAUGCCUAAUCCACCGUCUCCGUCUAAUUCUCAGAAAGAGUCGGGUGGCGCUACUAGUUGGUGGUCUACUGCGAAGAGUAGGCUUAUGCCUACGAAAGACCCUCCGACGCCUGCUCAGCAAAUUAUAUUGGAGGCGAAGGCGAGGGAGAAGGAUAACAAGAAGAACGCCAAAGGCAAGGAGAAAGAGUGGCCUGCAAACGCCCAAGGCAAGUUCAGCGAUCCAGCUUUCGUGAACCUCACCAUCCCAACCACACCCGUCCGACGCGUCCCCGUGCCUUCUUCCUCCCCGUCUUCGCCUACCCCUUCUCGUCCGAGUCUCUCGAAUAUGCCACCCAACCUGACGCCUUCUCCCAUGCGUACAACGGAUACGUUGUCUUCCUCCCCUUCUCACGAGGCGCCACCUUUGUACACGCAGUUCACAUCCCAAGGGACGCUAGACGUACCAGGUACACUCCUCAUGAUAGCCAAACGCUUUGAGAAGCUCGAGAAAUGGACCGAAGCGGACAAAGAGAAGGAGAAAGAGAAGGACAAGGAAUCCGAGUCCGAGUCGCUGAGACACCCGGGUUCAACGGACAACGUGAAAGAUGAAAUCCACGACCUCCGAGACGAGGUGGUCGAGCUUCAAGGCCGAUUAGGCGAACUAGGCCGGGAGAUGGCGAAAAUUGCAACGGCCCCCAAUAAUCUUUCUGCAGGACCUAAAGCACAGUCCGCCGCUGUAUCGGUAGCACCACAAACCACUUCGUCCAUCGUCACGCACUCACAUCCGACUUCUUCAAUUGCAACGCACUUGACAGGAUCACCGUCAGCACCCAGCACGCCCAUCCACCAUCCCAGGUCAUCAAGUACCACUGCCAGAGAAUCUACAAGUCCGCCUAUGACUUCGAAGAGGAGAGAAUCGGGCACGAGGUUACCGUACCCUGCGGGGGAUUAUUCUUCUCCGCCAGAUACGUUCUCCCCUGGUAACUCUCCACCAUCGUCAAUUAGUUCUGCCAUGAGGCCUUUGUCCACGGCCAUUUCGGGUUUACCCCUCCAUUCAUCCUCAGGACUGGUUACACUACCGGGUGCUUCAUAUUCUACCACCUCUCUUUCCGGUACGGGUAGGCCGCCAUCCCCGCCUGCUCAACCCAAGUUCGCUCCUGCCUCUGCUUCUGCCGCACGCACGGCCAGCCCAACACCCGCACCGGCCAAAGGACGAGGAGCACAACAAGGAUUGCCACCGCCGAAAUCGGCUGCUGGGAAAAGACAAACGAGUGUAAGCCCCACGCCGAGGAAACGGUACACCGUUGCGCUUGGAGGACCGAUAACUGCGCCUGAUGAGGAUGAAUUUUCUUCAAACGCCGCUUCUUUGUUUUAUGCCACCGCCGCCAAUACAGCCGCCAAUACCAAUGCGAAUAUUACUAAUACCCACACGGAUCCACCUGCUACUGCUCUUUUAUUGAAAAGGGUAGGCACACCACGGUCGUACUCCCGUGUGAUUGGGGGGUCUUUUUCCGUUUCUCCCGUAGGGGACGAUGAAGAUGACAAGAAAAAGGAAGACGAAGGAGCAGGCGAGUUCGGAGAAGGUGAAGAAAUCAUCGGCAAGUCCUCUGGGAUCAAGCUCAAGAUUGCGAAUGGGAGUCUGUCUUCCACCGCGUCAAACUCGAUAUCUCCUGGUGGACCUGGAGGUGGCGAUUACAAGUCCACAGCCACGACCUCACCGUCGCCGUCCACUCGUCGGAUCAGGGCACAGAACAGUUCAACAGGCAUCGAUCCAGACGCCAUAUCCGACGAUGGAUCAGACGACAACGACGACCGGGAGGACGACCAAGGGAUAUGGCAGCAACGUUCCCCAUCACCUUCAUCAUCCGUCUCCCAUCUCGCAGCCAGCUUCGUUCAAAGGAUUGGCACAUUCGUGGGGGGCAUAGCACCACGAUCACCUAUGCUAAGCGACGCAGAGCUAGAAGCUGAAGUGGAGAGGGAACGCGACCGUAGUCGCAGAGAAGCGGAAGCUAUACUCACACGGGAGGCUCAGCAGAGGAGACUCGUUGAAGACCGUGUGCUGUCUAUGAUGGAGAGCACAAAGUCGCUCCCUCCACCGCCCUCCAGGUCUCAGACUAUGCCUAAUCCACCGUCUCCGUCUAAUUCUCAGAAAGAGUCGGGUGGCGCUACUAGUUGGUGGUCUACUGCGAAGAGUAGGCUUAUGCCUACGAAAGACCCUCCGACGCCUGCUCAGCAAAUUAUAUUGGAGGCGAAGGCGAGGGAGAAGGAUAACAAGAAGAACGCCAAAGGCAAGGAGAAAGAGUGGCCUGCAAACGCCCAAGGCAAGUUCAGCGAUCCAGCUUUCGUGAACCUCACCAUCCCAACCACACCCGUCCGACGCGUCCCCGUGCCUUCUUCCUCCCCGUCUUCGCCUACCCCUUCUCGUCCGAGUCUCUCGAAUAUGCCACCCAACCUGACGCCUUCUCCCAUGCGUACAACGGAUACGUUGUCUUCCUCCCCUUCUCACGAGGCGCCACCUUUGUACACGCAGUUCACAUCCCAAGGGACGCUAGACGUACCAGGUACACUCCUCAUGAUAGCCAAACGCUUUGAGAAGCUCGAGAAAUGGACCGAAGCGGACAAAGAGAAGGAGAAAGAGAAGGACAAGGAAUCCGAGUCCGAGUCGCUGAGACACCCGGGUUCAACGGACAACGUGAAAGAUGAAAUCCACGACCUCCGAGACGAGGUGGUCGAGCUUCAAGGCCGAUUAGGCGAACUAGGCCGGGAGAUGGCGAAAAUUGCAACGGCCCCCAAUAAUCUUUCUGCAGGACCUAAAGCACAGUCCGCCGCUGUAUCGGUAGCACCACAAACCACUUCGUCCAUCGUCACGCACUCACAUCCGACUUCUUCAAUUGCAACGCACUUGACAGGAUCACCGUCAGCACCCAGCACGCCCAUCCACCAUCCCAGGUCAUCAAGUACCACUGCCAGAGAAUCUACAAGUCCGCCUAUGACUUCGAAGAGGAGAGAAUCGGGCACGAGGUUACCGUACCCUGCGGGGGAUUAUUCUUCUCCGCCAGAUACGUUCUCCCCUGGUAACUCUCCACCAUCGUCAAUUAGUUCUGCCAUGAGGCCUUUGUCCACGGCCAUUUCGGGUUUACCCCUCCAUUCAUCCUCAGGACUGGUUACACUACCGGGUGCUUCAUAUUCUACCACCUCUCUUUCCGGUACGGGUAGGCCGCCAUCCCCGCCUGCUCAACCCAAGUUCGCUCCUGCCUCUGCUUCUGCCGCACGCACGGCCAGCCCAACACCCGCACCGGCCAAAGGACGAGGAGCACAACAAGGAUUGCCACCGCCGAAAUCGGCUGCUGGGAAAAGACAAACGAGUGUAAGCCCCACGCCGAGGAAACGGUACACCGUUGCGCUUGGAGGACCGAUAACUGCGCCUGAUGAGGAUGAAUUUUCUUCAAACGCCGCUUCUUUGUUUUAUGCCACCGCCGCCAAUACAGCCGCCAAUACCAAUGCGAAUAUUACUAAUACCCACACGGAUCCACCUGCUACUGCUCUUUUAUUGAAAAGGGUAGGCACACCACGGUCGUACUCCCGUGUGAUUGGGGGGUCUUUUUCCGUUUCUCCCGUAGGGGACGAUGAAGAUGACAAGAAAAAGGAAGACGAAGGAGCAGGCGAGUUCGGAGAAGGUGAAGAAAUCAUCGGCAAGUCCUCUGGGAUCAAGCUCAAGAUUGCGAAUGGGAGUCUGUCUUCCACCGCGUCAAACUCGAUAUCUCCUGGUGGACCUGGAGGUGGCGAUUACAAGUCCACAGCCACGACCUCACCGUCGCCGUCCACUCGUCGGAUCAGGGCACAGAACUCAGACUCCUACCAUGGGGACCACCGCGCCGCUAAAGCCGAAGUUGAGGUCCCGGUCUUCUGA